UUGGUCCGUUCCAAUUCAUGGGUAAGAGGAGGGGUAGUAUGGUAAAAUUGCGAGGGUAUUAGUAUAUUGAUAUUUUAAUAGAAAAAAUAUUGGACAUAUGAAGCUGCUCAGGGGAUAUUUGUCAGUGUUUGGAAGCUGAGAUUCAGAGACUCCCUCUGUUAUAUCAAACACUUCCCCAAAUUUCUUCAUCAUCAUAAUCCCAUCAAUUUUCUUUUUUAUUUUUUAUUUAAAAAAAAAGAAAGAAAAUUGAAAUCCCUCGGAUCAUCUUCGAAGAAAUCCUUCUCAGUUUUCCCCCAAAUGUGAGUCGGAUUUUCUCUGAGGAAUUUGUAAUUGUUGCUUCGUUUUCCUCUGGUUUUGGCUCCGGAAAUGCAAGACAUCCACUCGAUCGCCGGAGGAAGUCGGUUGUUCGGUGGCGGGGGUGACCGUCGUCUGAGGCCGCACCUCCACCACCACCAAAACCACCAGGCCUUGAAGUGCCCAAGGUGUGAUUCUCUCAAUACAAAGUUCUGUUAUUACAACAACUAUAAUCUCUCUCAGCCUCGUCACUUCUGCAAGAGCUGCCGACGUUACUGGACUAAAGGCGGCGUCCUCCGUAACGUUCCUGUCGGAGGCGGUUGCCGGAAAACCAAACGCUCCUCCUCGUCGAAGUCCAAGUCCAGUCCCGAUGUAGCGGCGACGUCUCCUCCUCCUCCUCCUCCUCCUCCUCUUCGCGAACGUAAAUCCACCUCUCAUUCCAGUAGCGAGAGCUCUAGCCUAACCGCUACAACCACCACGGCUGCCGCGGCGGCGACAGAGGCCGUCUCUGCUCCGUCCUCCAUUUCAACGUCGGCUCUAUUGAGCGUACAGGAUAGGAAAUUGUUCCCCGCUCCGACUACAAACCCUAAUUUCGAUGGUGCGGCGACGGACUGCGGGAUUUUCUCGGAAAUCGGAAACUUCACGAGCUUGAUCACAUCGACUAACGAGACAUUGGCGUUUGGAUUCGGCAAUAUGGGGGAUGUGACGCCGUUUGCGAUGAAUCAUCCGUUUCAAAAUCAGGCGGCGAAUCAAUGGCCGUCGCAGAGAAUGAUGAACGGUAACGAUGAGGUGAAGAUGCAGGAGAUCACAGGCGGAGGAGGAGGGUACAUGGAUCAGACGGCACAGGUGGAUCCAUCAACAGGGCUACAGAAUAGCAGAUCAAGCAACAUUGGAUUCGGACCGUUGGAUUGGCAAUCAAACGGAGAUCAUCAAGCUCUGUUUGAUCUCCCCAACGCCGUUGAUCAAGCAUACUGGAGUCAAAAUCAGUGGAGUAGUGAUCAAGAUCAGCCUAAUCUGUACCUUCCGUAAAUCACUCGAGACCACAGUCAAGACGACUUUCUUAGCCGACCAUCUCCGUUUCUUUUUUCUUUUUCUUUUAAUUUUUUCCUAAUUUUAGUAUAUAAUUAAAAAAAAA